GUAGUCUCACAACCUCGUCCGGUCCUCUCGCAACCCUUGCUGCCCGCAGCCCAGUAGACGCCCUCUCACGCGCUCCCAGUGUAGCAUGGGCGAAACCCUCCGCCUGCCCCCGUUUUGACUUGAGCUCGACAUCUGGUGGUUCCGUCGUCGUCAUCCUCGUCUGCGCGACGCUGAACCGGGAAAUCCAUCCUAGCGCCUGGCGUAGCAGGACUUCGAAGUCGAGAAUAAGGGGCCUCCGUCUCCGGCGAACAGAAGCGAAUGGCGGAGGCGAUGACUCCUAGCGAAGCAUCUUCACCGAGUGAGGCAAAGCCAGAGAAGCCAGGGCCCGUCUACGCAUCAGGGCAAGCACAAGACCUGAGCCGAAGCGUCUUUCGCUCUACCACCUCUGCCAUCCGCUCCGCUCUGACCAACGGGGAGUUCCCCACUCUUCAUCUUCAAUCGAUUCAAGAUUCAAUUCCGGAAGUGAAAUCUUGGUACAAAGACUAUGAAGAUGCUAUUGUUAGGAAAGUGAAAGAGGAGUUGAUCAGUGCACGUGAACACCCAUCUGCAGCUGCUGGAAUUGCUAUAGCAACAGGUCUCCUUCUCUUGCGAGGUCCAAGGAGGUUAUUGUUUCGUCAGACAUUUGGCCGUCUCCAAAGUGAAGAGGCACAAUUCCUCAAAGUUGAGAGAAAUGUGACUGAGCUUGGCCAGUCAAUUGAUCUUAUAAAGAAAGAGAGUAAAAAGUUACGGGAGAGGGCUUCUUUUGCUCAAGAGGAAAUGAACCGUGGUCAUACUAAGCUCAAGAAUGCGGGACGUGAAAUUCAAAGGCUUGCAGAUUCUGUCUACAAAAUGGAAUCACAAGCUUUGGAUUUAGUGGAUGGAUUGCGGGAGGUGCCUGGUAGAGAGGCUUUACGGCUCCGAGCAGAGGUUGCUUCUAUGGCGUCCCAAUUGAAGCAGGAGAGGACUGCUCUUAACAAAAGAAUUUUAAAAAUCUCCGACUAUGGAAUAGCAGUAUGAGACUGCAACUCUUCAGAAACUGCAUCGUUCUCAGCUGCCUGCAGGCAAUUAGGGCCAAGUUGUGCAUCGAAUGGCUUCAUGGUGACGGGAGUUUUUUCAAUAGUUAUCAUGAGCUUUGCAAGGCAUAUUUGUAGCUUGCAAGCUUACUAUGUCAAUGUUGGAUUUUUCUUUCCGGGUGAAGGAUACCAUGACGAUCUCAUGUACCACCUGUUCGAGUUUGCUUCAUGUUUCCACAUCGAUGGCCUGGCCUCGAUUAACUACAUAAUAAAGAGAAGUGGCUUAUGAAAUUGACAAGACUUUUCUAA